AACGAGAGAGAGGGAGAGAGUAUAGGAUAGCAGUUGAAAUCAGAAUCUUAACAGAAAUAGUGAACCCAUGAUUGAAUACAGAUCAAUUUGUUGUUUUUUGAAUUAUUUUCCUCAAUCAGAAACAACCUUCCAAAUCUGAAGCUUUUCGCUUCCAAAAAUUUCUACUAUUUUCUCCCAUUGUUGAACUUGAAUCUCCAUUGCCGUGGAAACUCAAGGAAAAACCACACCAGAUUCACUGCGAAAUAGGAGCUCUCUCACCGUCUUCUUCGCUCCUCUCUGUUUCCUUCGACAAACAAAUUCCGAAUGCCCGUCACUUCACCCACCCACUAAAUUAUCUUCUUAACAUAUCCUAAUUAAUCGUCUCUUUCGACAUGAUGCCCAAAAAGGAAGAGCCAGCGGAACCUGCAGAGAAGCGUAAUCUACCGGGUGUGGCGGACAUGGCGAGCUCUGUUAAUGUAGCUUCUAACCCUUCUUGGUUUACGCCGUUUAGACUGCUUGUUAUAUUUUGUGUCAUCAACUUGAUAAAUUAUAUGGAUAGAGGGGCCAUAGCAAGCAAUGGUGUGAAUGGGCUUCGGAAAACUUGCACAACUGAUGGUACAUGCACAUCUGGUACCGGAAUUCAGGGCCAAUUUAACUUAAGCAAUUUUGAGGACGGAGUUCUAUCAUCUGCCUUUAUGGUUGGACUUCUCGUGGCUUGCCCAAUAUUUGCAUCCUUAGCUAAGAGGGUAAAUCCAUUUAGGCUUAUUGGUGUCGGAUUAUCUGUUUGGACUUUGGCAGUAGUUGGCUGUGGUUUUUCAUUUAAUUUCUGGUCUAUCGCAGUAUGUCGCAUGCUUGUUGGUGUUGGUGAGGCUUCAUUUAUAAGUCUUGCUGCCCCAUUCAUUGAUGACAAUGCACCAGUUGACAAGAAAACAGCCUGGCUUGCAGCAUUCUACAUGUGUAUACCAACUGGUUAUGCCAUUGGCUAUCUUUACGGUGGAUUUGUCGGUCAACAUUUAGGUUGGCGCUAUGCAUUUUGGGGGGAGGCAAUAUUGAUGGUUUCAUUUGCUGUUCUUGGUUUUAUUAUGAAGCCAUUACAAUUGAAGGGUUUUGCUCCUCCAGAGACUAUUAAUGCACCAAUACCCGUAGAUACAACUGCCUCAUCAGUUAAAGAUGACUUGAAAACUAAAGAUGAAGUAUCUCCCAAGAGUUUCCAAGAGAAUAGUGAAGAAAAAUCUUCCAAUUUUGCAAGAAAAAGUCUUAAAGAAGUAUUGCAAUUCAUGAAAGAUAUGAAAGAGCUUCUGGUUGAAAAGGUUUUUGUUACCAAUGUUCUAGGUUAUGCGGCGUAUAAUUUUGUCCUAGGCGCAUACUCAUAUUGGGGACCCAAAGCUGGUUACAGUAUUUAUCAAAUGAAAAGUGCAGAUAUGGUUUUUGGAGGGAUUACAGUUGUGUCUGGAAUCGUUGGAACACUAGCAGGAGGUUAUAUUUUGGAUCGUAUGAACAACACCAUCUCCAAUGCUUUUAAGCUUCUUUCUGCGACAACAUUUAUUGGAGGGGCAUUUUGCUUUGGUGCCUUUUGCUUCAAAAGCAUGUAUGGCUUCCUAGCCCUUUUCUCAAUUGGUGAAAUACUAGUAUUUGCCAUACAGGGUCCGGUAAAUUUCAUAUGCCUACAUUGCGUGAAGCCUAGUCUAAGGCCACUUUCUAUGGCUAUUUCCACUGUUUCAAUCCACAUUUUUGGAGAUGUGCCAUCCUCACCUCUUGUUGGAGUUCUCCAGGACCAUCUUAACAACUGGAGGAAGACUUCUCUCAUUCUUACAACAAUUCUGUUCCCAGCUGCUGUUAUUUGGUUCAUAGGAAUAUUUCUCAACAGUGUAGAUAGAUUUAAUGAAGAUAAUGAGCAGCAAGUCAUGACCGAUAGAUCGAGUGCAGCGCCCUCGCUCGAUGCAGAGAAAGUACAACAAACAAACAAAGCUUCUGCUGAAGCUUAAGGCUCCAUACUACCCACCUUUUCUAGUAUGAUCUUAGUGUAUCUUCUUUGAUGUAAAUAGAUAGACUUUUAGAUGAUUAAAUUUUUGUGUCUUUACCCAAUUCUUUCAUAUAAAAAUGGUGGAAGAGUCUUUGCAUUUAGAAUGUCUUAACUUUCAAUUUGUGUGAUGGUGAAAGUUUAGGUUGAAAGUAAAUAUUGGGAUAGAAUGGGCUACUCUCAUCGUGAAUGUAUAUGAAGAAUGUUCCUAUUCUUUUACAAAAAUUGAAAUAAAUUAGAUUGUUGAAUAAA